CUUCUGAGUAACGCACGGGUCGUAAAUCCUUCUCAAGGAGCUUGGGUUCAGCGUAAAGCUCACCUCUUAGCGACCGUACCUGCCUAUUCACAUCGGUAGAAUGUUGGCUUACUAAGAAUAUAUACAAUUCUCGUUGCCUUAAUGCUCAAGGAGACAGGGUUCGAUCCUAGGCUCAGGAGGGCGACAGACGAAACCGCUCAGAUCCUGUGACUUCAAUUGCAGUGCAUUUGAUAAUUAUGACCUGGACAAUGACUCCGGACAGUUACGAUGUUGUCGUGAUCGGAUCGGGGCUGCCCGAAUGCCUCGUUGCCGCAUCACUCGUGAAGUCGGGAAAGAGCGUCCUCAUCAUCGAUGCGGUUGACACAUACGGUACCGACUUUGCGUCCUUCACACCAGCGGCGCUUCAAAACGCCUUGAACGAACAAGCCAAACAAAAGACGGGCGAUGAAGGAGCUCCUUGCGCAACAGCCGCCUCGUCAGCAUCCGGUGCUAACGAUGCCCAGAAUCCGCAUCUUCCUCAGCAACCCAACUCCGCGAACGAUGGCGCUCAGGAGCACGAGCACUCCCUGCCCGCUUGCUCUCCCCUCUCAGAACCGCUGCCGCCUGGCUGCCGGCUGCUGCGUCUGCGCCAGCGGCCGCUGCCGUUGUCCGGUUUGCGGGCAUUCGCGGUGGCUGGCGAGGAGGGCGGCGGGCCCGCAGACCGGAGAGGCUACAUACUCGACCUCGUCCCAAAGCUGGUGUACCAGUCCGAGCCGCUGGUGGACCUGCUGGUGCGCUGCCGCUGCCACCACUACCUGGAGUUCAAAGCAGUGGAGGGCAGCUACGUGCUCCAGGACGGGGCCCUGCAGCCGGUGCCUGCGGGCCGUGCCGACAUCUUCCGCGACCGGCGGCUGGGCCUCGCCGACAAACGGCUGCUGAUGCGCUUCAUCGCGGGAUGCGUGGAGGCGCGCAGCGGGCAGGGACACCUCAAGGACGCCCUGUCCAGCGCCUCACCCCUGGCUGCCGUACUGGCGGCGGAGGGGCUGCCGGCGCGGCUGCGGGAGGUCAUUCUGUACGGCAUCGCAAUGGCCGACACGGACCAGGAGCCACCGCCGCCACCGUCGUCGUCGGCUACUGCUACUGCUACUCCAUCCACCGACAUCCAGCCAGUCAAUGGCGACGGCGACGUCAGCAGCAGCCCCUCGACGUCACCACCUGCACUGCCACCAUCCCUCAUGACGGGUGCCGAGGGCGGUGCAGCGCUAGAGCUCUUCACCAGCUCGCAGGGCCGGUUCGGGCAGGCGGGUGGGGCCUUCAUGGUGCCCAGCUACGGGUGGGGUUCCGUGGCGGAGGCGUUCGUACGGCUGUGUGCCGUACAUGGGGCCGUCACGGUACUACGGCAGCCGGUGCAGGGGCUGGUGCUGGCGGAGGGGGAGGCGGCGGCGGAGGUAAUGUCGACAGCGGUGGCGGUGGAAGGGGAAGGUCGAGGAGGUGAAGCGGGCGACGGCAAGGGGAGCAGCGAAGGGAGCAGCAGAGACGGCGGAAGCAGCGGCGGCGGCAGCAGAUGUGUGGGGAUUGUGACAGCUGCGGGUCAGCUGGUGCGCUGUGGCACGGUGGUUGCCGGUGCUGGGACCCUCAGGUGCCUCGAGGGCGCUGCUUCUCCCUCCCUGGAGGGCCCCUCACGGGAGCUCGUGUCUCGUGCUGUGGUAGUACUUGAUUCCUCCCUCAUCAGCCAGCCCCAGACCCAUCAGCAGCCCCAGCCGACCCAUGGGUCUUCACAAAGCGGUAUCGCGGCGCAAUCGCUGCUGACGGUGGUGGUGCCGCCUCGAUCGCCAGGAUGCGGUAGUGGAGGUGGUGGGCAUCUAGGCAACCCACACCCUGUUCGAGCGCUGCAGACAGGGGCGUCAACCUGCGUUUGCCCGCAGGGCAGGUUCCUGUUGUACCUCAGCACGCCCGCCACCUCACCUUCAGCCUCCGCGCACGACGACCUGUGUCCCUGCCUGGCCGCCCUGACGGACACCUCAGGACUGAGAGACCUCGCCACAGCACCCACAGCACCCACCGCCACCGCCACUACCACCACAACCUCCCCCAGCGGUCUUCAGGAUGCCACCACUUCCUCUUCCGCAACCGAGGCCGCUACCACUGACGCCACUGCUGCGGGGCCCGCUGCCUCCUGCCGUCCUCGUGCGCUGCGAGCAUGGUUCUACCGGCAACCCGUACUGCACCGCUGUGGGGUGGCGGCUGCUGCAACUGCAGCAGGGUCUGCGGGCGCAGGUGCAGGGCCAGAAGCAACUGCGGCGGGGACAGCAGCAGCAGCAACAACGGGCGCAUGUGUAGAAGAGGCCGGGGGGCUGGUGACGAGGAGGAGCGGGGGUGGUCUACCCGGGGGUGUGGUGCUGCUGCCGGGGCCGGAUGGGUCGCUGGCGGGGUACGGGGAGGUGCUGCGGACUACGGAGGCGGCAUUCAGAUCCGCAUUCCCGGGGGUGGCUUGGCUGUCGGAGGUCAACUUUGCGCCGGCGGGGGCCGCCGGCGGCAGCGGAGGCGAGGGUGAGGGCGGCGGGGCUGAGGGCGCGUUGGAGCGCGGCGAGGAGGACGACGCCAUAGAUGAGCUGUCGGCGGCGCUGGCGAAGCUGAAGGAUGCUUGAUGAACGGCCGGCGCGUCAGUUGUCGACUGCAUGUCAGGCCACAAUCGUCAUGUGAUCGGUGGUGCUUUGCUGUCCAAGUUGCAAUGGGGACUGGGUUGAGGAGAUGCAUGCUUGCUGUGGGGUAACGUCGUGUCGUACAGCAGAAGUGUCGGACUUGUGCAGCGGCGGCAACUGCAACUGCGUGAUCAACGGGUGUAUGGUUGCACCGGGUGCACGGGUGUGUAGUUGAGUGCCGGGUGUAUGCACGGGUGUCUAGAUUUACG